AUGUUUAAGGGUUAUAAUUUGGUGACAGCACCAUUUCCAAAUUGUCAUGGUGAGGUUGAGCCGCAUUUCGAUUCUUGUCGCCUCGAAGUAAACAAGUGGGUGAAUUACUUGCGGACCAGGUCAGGCUUUCCGAUCGUAAAAUUUGAAGAGAUGCAGCAUACGGAAUCGCCAUCGAUCCAGGGCUUUUGGAACCCGUUCUUGAACACUCCUACAGCAUUUAAUGUGGCAGAAUUUCCCGAUGACGAAGCUGGUAUCUAUCAAGCGGACAAACUGUCUGCUACUGAAAUGGUACUGAAGAUGGCCGAAGACUGUCGGCAGCAGGACCUUAAAAACGUAGUUGUGACCGAAGGUUAA